UUUGAUGGCAGUUAUCUCUUUAAUCUAAAAUUAUGUUAUUGUUAAUACAAUCAAACAAGUUUAAUGUGCGUUGGUGAUUUAUAAUCGGCUGUUGUGAUUAGGUAAAGUAUUAUGAUAAUAACAUUCCUUAUCUUAAAAACAUCAAUGUGUACUUAAAUAUGAGGAAUAUAUUUACUGUUGUUAAGGUAAUGGCAUUCUUAACCAUUUUUCUAUGCUUAGUAUUUGGAACUAUCGGUAGUUGUGAAGUAACGAAGACUAAUCAAUGGCCUAACCGAUCUGUUAUAGUCCAACUUUUUGAAUGGAAAUGGUUGGAUAUUGCUGAAGAGUGUGAACGUUUCCUUGGACCAAAAGGCUAUGGUGGAGUCCAGACAUCUCCAGCAUCAGAGAACUUGAUAAUACACCUCAAUGAUGGCCAAAGACCUUGGUACGAACGUUACCAAGUUAUAUCCUAUAAAUUAAAGACGAGAUCAGGAGAUGCAAAUGAUUUUCUCAAUAUGACAACCAGGUGUAAUCGAGUUGGAGUCAGAAUUUACGUAGAUGUUGUGUUCAACCAUAUGACAGGAGAUCACGAAGCCAACGCAGGUACUGCUGGUAGUACUGCAAACUUCUCGACAUUUUCGUACCCAGCGGUUCCUUAUAAAAAGAAGCAUUUUCAUCAUCCUGUAUGCGAUAUAAACAAUUAUGACAACGCUACGGAGGUUCGAGAUUGUCAAUUGGUUGGUUUGAAAGACCUGAACCAAACAAUGCCCUUAGUCCGACAGAAGAUUGUCGAAUACCUGAACAAGUUAAUUAAUCUUGGAGUCGCUGGAUUCAGAGUGGAUGCAGCAAAACACAUGUGGCCAGAAGACCUAAAACCUAUUUACGAUUCUCUAAACAAUUUGAAUAUACAGCAUGGUUUUGAUCAGAACGCGAGACCUUACAUUUACCAAGAAGUUGCUCACGGGGGCGCGGUAAAACCUUCAGAUUACAAAGACAUAGGGGAUGUGACUGAAUUUUUUGUGGUAUCAGAAAUGUUUAACGUUUUUAAUGGUCAUAAACCAUUGAAGAAUUUAAAAAGCUGGGGUAGUCCCUCCUUGGGAAUGCUGCCAAGUGAAAAUGCUUUGGUUUUCGUUGACAAUCAUGACACACAGCGAAACACUGGUGGAUUAAAUUACAAAACUGCCAGGAAUUAUAAGGUCGCUACAGCUUUUCUCCUAGCACAUUCGUAUGGACAACCUCGUAUCAUGAGCAGUUAUCACUUUGAUCGGAACGAUCAAGGUCCACCCAAUGACAGGAAUGAAGAUAUUCAGCCUCCACUUAUCAAUGAGGAUGGUUCUUGUGAAGGUGGUUGGGUUUGCGAGCAUCGGUGGCCCUCCAUUUACAAAAUGGUGAACUUUAGAAACGCAGUACGUGAUACUAAAGUAGAAAAUUGGUGGGACAAUGGGAAUAACCAAAUUGCGUUCAGUCGAGGGAUCAAAGGAUUUAUUGUUUUUAAUACGGAAGGUAAAAAGUUGGAUAGGAUUUUUCAGACUGGACUUCCAUCAGGGAAAUAUUGCGAUAUCAUAUCAGGCCAAAGGCAAGGACAGAUAUGCAGUGGUACAACAAUUAAUGUGUCUAAUACUGGACUUGCAUCAAUCAAACUGUCUGGAAUCGGAGACGAAUUACAUCUUGCUAUUCAUAUCGGAGAAGAGGUAGGUCAAAUGUCAAGAACCGUCGGCUUAGCACAGAUGGUGUGUGAGCGAUCCCGAUACUCUGAUCUAGGCAGGGCAAAGGGGCUUAAGCGGUCUCAGGACUUCACUGAAGUACUAGGAGGCUUUGAGUCAGUUUUUCCCAUACCCAACUAACCCCAAUUUAUCCCCAAAUUGACUAUCAGUGUGGAUUGAAGUCAUUAACUUAGCCCAAAAUGUUACGUAUCCAUUUGGGUCGCCUGAGAUUUAGAUGCGGAAGGCUGAGACCUGAGAAGCUGAGACCAUGUGCCGAAACUGGGGAAAGCUUAUAGUCUACCAGAGGACCGUGAUAGGAAUUGACUGAUUGGUUUAAAAUGAGGACAUGGUGAUAAUGUAUGGCUCUUCAAUUUGAUCACAUAGCAUGAUGUAUUGAGAAGGAUAAGAAAAUAUAAUAUUAACGAUAUUAAUUUGUAAAUAACACCCCGAACAUCAUUGAGAACAUUCAAGAAAAUAAAAGCAAGGUUUAUAUUUCUUAUCGAUUUCUAAAAUUAGGUAGGCUAUAAGGAUGAAUUUUUUUUCUUUAUCAAUACAGUAGCUCAACAUUAUUUAUCCUCAUCAAAAUGUAAUCUAUAUUAUCUUCAUAAUAGUAUUUGACUUAAAACUUUGACAAGAUUAGUAAUUGGAUGCCCUACCUUGCUUUAAUAUUAAGUUGUUGUCGUGUGACUAGAAACAAUCACUGGUUAUCAUUUACGAUUUAAAUUAAAGAUAGCUUGUAAGAUAAAGCUAUAGGUAUUUAAAAUUAA